GGUGCCCGCCGCCGCCGGAGAAGAAAGACAGAAAAUGGCGAGUCAGUGUAAAAGGCAGCAAUGCUCCAUCGACAGGCGCGGCUUUCGACAGGAACUGGACUCCUGGCGGCACAAACUCAUCCACUGUGUUUUGAGAGCAUUCUUGAAGGUCUGUUUGGCUCAGAGCUGGUAGAAGAAUUACAGAUAUUUAAGGAUUUGGAGCCUGCAGCAUCGCCCGACUGGUCAUUUGAUGAAAAUUGUUUGUUCUGCUGUUUUCGACGAGAUAAAGUAAAGGAACACUUGAUUGGCUUAAGUAGCGAGGAGAGUUUCCAAGAUCCGCUCAAACCUCUCCCGGUGAAUGAUCAGACCACCGUCAGCAGAUUAGAGAAGCAAGCAGAGGAAUUUCUCAAUGCAGUCCUCUGUAAUAAAGAUGUGCCAAGUUUCUCCGACCCUCACAUCCCAGUAGUGGCGCGAGAGAUCCUCCAGAGAAUGAUCCGCCAGUUUGCCACCGAAUAUACCUCAAAAACCAGCUCUCCUCAGGAUAGUGGUUCAGAAACCAAGCCAAGCUCGGACCAAAGCCCGCAGACCCCAGCCGUGACUUCUGGGGCUCCACCCAGCAGCCCCUCUGCCGUGGUGGCGAGGCCUGCACAUAGCCACAACCCCGUCCUCAGCAAGCUCCUCAUGGCGGACCAGGAGGCCCCUCUUGAUCUCAGAGUCAAGAAAGCCCCAUCUGAGCCCACUGAGCAAGAGGGAGUCCUUGAUUUGUCCAUCAAAAAGAGUCGCCAUAGCAGCAGUUUGCCCAGCAACAGUCCAUGCCUUUCUUCUAAGGUAUCUACAAUCAAGAGUGAGCGUAUUGUCUUGCCUAUUGCAAUGGCAAAAGAACUGCAGUCCACCUCAACACUGGAACAGUUCAUGGCCAAACUCUGCCGCCAUCAUCAAAGACAAAUUGUUGACGCCAUAGGUUUCCUGCAAACCGAGGUCAAGGCGCUGGCGGCAUCCAAGACACUGCAAACUAUUAACUCCGCCUUUGAAAUCCAGGGAACAACCAGCUCCUACCCGAUCACACCUGAGAAGUCAUGCUUGAAGCUUAGCCUUCCCUUGGAAUCGACCCCGAAAUCUGAAGUCCUGGAUAUGUCCUGUUCUACCCAAAGCAAGUGUGUCACUGAAAACCUUCUCAAGACUGCACUUUUAUCGCCAAAGUCUGUUUCCUCCAGCCCUGUGUUGGAUCCUCAAAGUCCACAGUCAGGUAGCAGUCCGUCUGACCACGCUCCUCUUAAGAUGAAAAUAAUGAAAAGCAGUAAUGUUGCUGCUGGUAAAAAGUUAUCCUGUGUAAUGACCACCUCACUUUCGUCGGACUCUGGUACUUUGGAGGUCCGACAAAAUAACUCCAAUUUGCCCAACAGAACAGAGACUCAUAGCGCUAGACUAAGCUCCUCUCUGAAAAAACAAAAUCUUCUCAGUCACUCGCAUCCUGCUAGACAGAGAGGAGCUGUUUGGCACAACAAAAAAUUACCAAUUAAACAAUAUUCGCUUCCUGAGGCUACUACUGUAAAUCCACCACGAAAUGCCAGGAAGACUAUUCGGCCAGCCAAUCAGCAACAGACUCGACACGCUCCUUAUAGGAUGGUUGAUCCAGAUCUUGGCAACUGUGACAUUGUUUAUAUUGACAAACCCAUUACCGAGUGCUUUAAAGAACAACAGCGUAACUUGCUUCCCCGCCGCAAUGCCCGGAAAAGCACCAGGGGACAUUUGUACACGGAUGAAAUUUGGGAGUUAAAAACGGUCCGCACGUUAGCUGGUAGGGGAAACUGUCCUAAUCCAAUGCCAGAGUUAAUCACACUGGUGACUCCAAAACAGAUCCUUUCAAAACCUGAAGGUGUACCUCCGGUGGAUAGUCCUUUUGCUGGAGCGUGUAAAGAGAGAAUAAGUGAGCAAGUGUCCUCAAAAGAGUCUGAUGAAUUAGUGAUACCAGGGACAGGUGAAAGGGUAGAGGUAGCAGCCAGUGAAGCUGACAUUAUAGUAGAAACCAGUCAGACAGAUCAGUGUCAGAACAAGAUAGAAGCCCCUCAACCUCAAGUUAACUCUCCAUCUGAGAACAUAGUAACAACUAUCAGCACAAAUGACCUUCAAUUAGAGGAAGGAGCAUCCCCUGAGUGCAAGAAAACAGCGCAAAGUGAAGAAAUUACGGCACAGACCACAUUUGAAACAGAAAAGGAAAACGAACCUGAACCUGAACCUGAACCUGAACCUGAACUUGAACCUGAGCAAGCCAAAUCUACUACAGCAAUUGUGUCACAAACAACAGAACAAUCAGAGGAAGCCAACACAGAAGAAGCUGAAGUUCAAAUUCCAUGUAAUAAAAUGCAUGACAGUGAGACUGUCCCCCUCCACACGAGCACCCCAUCACCCAUGGAACAUGAGGGGACGCAGGAAAAUGAGAAUGCCUCAGACAUUGAGGGGCCACAAGAACCUCAGCCGAAAAAGCAGACAUUCUCAGAUAACCUUGAAGAGAAUGAAACAUCUUUGACAUCAGGACCAUCCGAAGAGCAGCUGUUGAUUGAGCAAGAAAGUACAGCAGCUGUCGAUGCUGAAGGUAUUUUGCCAGUACCAACAUUUGAAGAAGAUGAUGAUUGUGAUAUUUCCUCAAAGACAAUGGAUUCUCUCCUGAAGGAAUUACCCCCUUGGCGUAGAAAAAAAGGCAGUGUGAAAAAUAUGCCAAAGAGGUUAAAGCAAUUGGAAACAGUGAUCGUGGGCUAUGUCAAUGGAAGACCUGUAUCAGCUUCUGACAGGAGUCUGCGCCGUAGAUCAAACAGCAGUGGCACAUCACCCACUAAAACCCCAGUGAAACAAAUUCAGAGAGUUCCCAAACUUGCUCAAACCGACUCUCCAGAGACCGUGAACCAAGAAAAAAAUACGACUGAAUCAGACGUGUCUACAGAAGCCAUUGUGAUCACACCAGAACUUCCUCCAGUGGCAACCUCUGACAUACCCGAAAACCCUACAGUUAAGAUCGCCCCCAAAUCCAAACCGAUCCAAAACCAAAAUCAAGGCCAUGAAGAUGAUCCAGUGGAUUCUGGCAAUGAAACCAAACGACAACUAAGAUCAGCUGUUCAGAAACCUGACGACAUUUCUCAAUCAGCGCCUUCUCCUGAUUGUAUUUUACCCCCUGCUCCUGCAGCCAUGCCCCCCAUUUCUCUUUCUCCUCCUCCUUUGACAGGUUUGACUUCACCUACAACUCCAGAACAGUCUCAACCAAGCACAGUCCAAGAGACAGAGGUGGAGGUAAAUAGUCAAAAAACUCCAUCAACAGGCAGUGUUUCAGAAGAAGUCCAAAGUAUCUUGGUUAAACAAACAUUAAGGUCUUCACAGGUGGCUGUAGAAGAAAGUAAAAACAAGACUCAUCAGCUUGACACGGACUUAUCAAGCCCAUUAGAAGAUGAGACUAAAAUGCAGACAAGGAUGACACCAUUAAGAGGAAAAAGGGUCCUCAUAAUGGAACCAUCACCAGAGAAACAAAAAACAAAUGCAUUGUCUUUAGAGGGAAGUUCUACAAGUUCACCUGGAGUUGACAAGCCCACAAGAAUGCCACUGAGGAGUGAGAGCAGUAAAGCUGAUACGUCCCCACAACCAGACCCUCAGUCACCGCAAUCUGACAAUAAAAAGCUAUCUUUGCAAUCCCAAAGGUUGUCUUUGCCCUCUACAAGCGCUCUCCCUGUAUUUGGAAAGAACACUGAGGUGGUGUCACCUACCAGAACAACUCCAUCCAAAACUCAUAUCAAGUCACCUCCAUCAUUUGCGGCAUCUGUUCUCCCUCGUAGUCCCGCGUCCCCUAUUACUUCACAGAGACUAAAGCCGCCCAGACAAACCAAUAAAUUCUUGAAGGAACUGACUAGAGAAAAAAAUCAACUGUUGCUGACUAACUUGAACCUCAAAUAUGAAAAGAUGCAGAAAGGCUGGCUGCAAAUGGACAGAGAUGGUCAACCAGCAACAAAAUAUAAAAACAAAUCCGACAGACAAGCCGCCAUAUGGAAGAGUAAACGCAGGGCCCGCAAGCCAAAGACUUUAGAACCACAGAAAUAUUCACCAGUGCAAAUGCUCUUCAGCCAAGACUUAGAUCUUUCCAGUAUUUGUCGCUGGUUCCUAGAAUCAACAGAAACCCAAUCUCUUGUCAUCGUUAAGAAAAUAAACACACGUCUUCCGUCAGAAACUCAGCUGUGCUUCCACAGUUCAUCUAGUGCAUCGGGGAUCUCUCAGGGCGUUUUUCCAAGCUUACAGGCGGAACGCCUGAAGAAACACUUGAAAAAAUUUGCCAUCGCCUCUCCCGUAAAGAGCACCCCGAAAAGUCAGAAACUUAUAGCCAAAACGCUGGAGGAGGGAACCCCCUCGCUCAAAGGCAAAGAGAAGCAAGAACUUCCUAGCACUGCUCCCACCAAUCAGACGCACGCCAGAGUUGAUGCUAAGGGGCAAACUAACGAAUCCCAGAAAGGUCCUGCUAAGCCAAAGAAUCCGGCUAGUGCCAGGAUUUUGAGGAAAUACUCCAAUAUACGGGAAAAGAUGCAUGUCCAGCAAGCCAAUGUUCGGAUGAAAGUUGUCUCUCAAAACUUAAAAGCUAAAAGUUUAAAAAUACCGACCAGAGAACCCGCUUCUGAGUCAGCAGUCAAUCCGUCUCAGAAGGCAGAGAAAUUACCCCUUCCUGUUGCUAAACAAGUGAAGGCAAAAAAAAUACCAGGUAAAAGAACAUUGGCUCGAAGAAAGUCGACAAGGCUUCAAGCUGUCAAGGCUCAGGACGCACCUCAAGUCAAGAGGUGUUCGCGGCGACUGAAUUCUCUGGUUGAUGCGUCAAAAAGUCAAGCGGACAAAAAGACACCAGAAAUAGACAAAGAUGCAGAAAAGCCCACUGUGAACAAAGUCCACGCUGUUAAAAAUCAAGUAAAUGAAUCGCCGGACAGAAAAGAAACGAAAGGUGUGCAAGGAGUCCCCGAGGCACAGGUGAAGCUUCCAAGUGCUCCUGACCAAGUGCUGACCAGAUCCCAGAGAAAUAUGAAGGCAGCAUCAAACGAUGGCUCCAUUCCCGUGACCAAGACGUCCAAGACGGCGAAGGAGCAGGUGUCUCUUAAGUCCACCAAAAAGGCAGAGGGAAUCACCAGAAAAGCUGCUGCGAAGACAAAUCGUGACGCCAUGCGGUCGCGUACGAGAGCUCAGGAACUCCUAGCGCCGCCUGCUAAACGCACCCGGAUGUCACAGUGUAUCUGACUCCUGACUUUUAUCACUUUUAUCUGGAAUACAUUCAGAAGGAAGUCCCAACCGAACAAUGAACUUCAGUAUGCAAAUGCCUCGGUAAAGCGUUGACAAAAGGUGCAGGCAAGAUGGUUUGCUGCUUCAGGGACAAAAACCUUGUUUUGUUUUUUUUCAAUGCAAAUGAAGAACCACAUUCAUGGGUGUGUGGCUUCAAAGUGACACUAAGUAAUUGUCCCUCCAUGUUUUGUUUUUUAUCUCUCAUGAGAUAAAAGCUUUGCAGUCUCCGGCCCGCCUUCCAAUCACAGCCGAGUGAGUGAUCACGGGACUGCUCUGACCAGGUGCCUUAUUUAUAAAGUUCAAAGAAUGUCUAUAUAAAUGUGAGCUCUCCGCGGAACGCAUUUGGUUUUCCCGAGCGUAUGCAAAGAACGCCCGUGGAGUCGACCUAGCGUGGCUGACCGGUGUUUUUCCAGCAUUACCUUUUUAUUUAAGUUGCAGAAGGAUAUUUAAACAAGUGUUAGCCAAGACCGUGUGUUUGUUUCCCUUGCUGGUGAAGUACAGUACUUUGUACACCACCGCGAUCUACGACUAGAGAAGCCCACCAGGGAUGUCUUUUCGGGGCGGGGUUUUGUGUUUUAGGAAUCUUCAAAGCCUGAGGAGGUUCAGACCGUAGUCAAGAGCGCAGAGUUUGUGACUCGAGUCCUGGAACUGUUUUUCUGUUGUGGGGCCAUCUUUCUUAGCAGUGCUAAGUGUUGUCACUGGUGGCUAAGAACACUUCUCUCUAUUACUCUUUAGCGCCCCUUAAAGGGACCGCGCACCUUCAAACUGAUCCUGUUAAGACUCGUUUCAGGUAUUUUCUGACUUGCUGGUGAAGUACAGUACUUUGUACACGAGUACACGACCACGAUCUACGACUAAAGAAGCCCACCAGGGAUGUCUUUUGGGGCGGAGUUUUGUGUUUUAGGAAUCUUCAAAGCCCGAGGAGGUUCAGACCGUAGUCAAGAGCGCAGAGUUUGUGACUCCAGUGCUGGAACUGUUUUUCUGUUGUGGGGCCAUCUUUCUUAGCAGUGCUUCUGGUGCACAGCUCCAACAAUGUGUAUUGUCACUUGUGGCUAAGAACACUUCUCUAUUACUCUUUAGCACCCCUUAAAGGGACCGCACACCUUCAAACUGAUCCUGUUAAGACUAAUUUCAUGUAUGUUCUGACUUGCUGGUGAAGUACAGUACUUUGUACACGAGUACACGACCGCGAUCUACUUCUAGAGAAGCCCACCAGGGAUGUCUUUUGGGGCGGAGUUUUGUGUUUUAGGAAUUUCCAAAGCCCGAGGAGGUUCAGACCGUAGUCAAGAGCGCAGAGUUUGUGACUCGAGUCCUGGAACUGUUUUUCUGUUGUGGGGCCAUCUUUCUUAGCAGUGCUAAGUGUUGUCACUUGUGGCUAAGAACAUUUCUCUCUAUUACUCUUUAGCGCCCCUUAAAGGGACCGCGCACCUUCAAACUGAUCCUGUUAAGACUCAUUUCAUGUAUUUUCUGACUUGCUGGUGAAGUACAGUACUUUGUACACGAGUACACGACCACGAUCUCCUUCUAAAGAAGCCCACCAGAAAUGUCUUUUGGGGCGGGGUUUUGUGUUUUAGGAAUCUUGAAAGCCUGAGGAGGUUCAGACCGUAGUCAAGAGCGCAGAGUUUGUGACUCGAGUCCUGGAACUGUUUUUCUGUUGUGGGGCCAUCUUUCUUAGCAGUGCUUUUGGUGCACUGGUGGCUAAGAACACUUCUCUCUAUUACUCUUUAGCACCCCUUAAAGGGACCGCAAACCUUCAAACUGAUCCUGUAAACACUCAUUUCAUGUAUUUUCUGACUUGCUGGUGAAGUACAGUACUUUGUACACGACCACGAUCUACUACUUAAGAAGCCCACCAGGGAUGUCUUUUGGGGCGGAGUUUUGGGUUUUAGGAAUCUUCAAAGCCCGAGGAGGUUCAGACCGUAGUCAAGAGCGCAGAGUUUGGGACUUGAGUCCUGGAACUGUUUUUCUGUUGUGGGGCCAUCUUUCUUAGCAGUGCUAAGUGUUGUCACUUGUGGCUAAGAACACUUCUCUCUAUUACUCUUUAGCGCCCCUUAAAGGGACCGCGAACCGUCAAACUGAUCCUGUUAAGACUCAUUUCAUGUAUUUUCUGACUUGCUGGUGAAGUACAGUACUUUGUACACGAGUACACGACCGCGAUCUACUACUAGAGAAGCCCACCAGGGAUGUCUUUUUGGGGCGGAGUUUUGUGUUUUAGGAAUCUUGAAAGCCCGAGGAGGUUCAGACCGUAGUCAAGAGCGCAGAGUUUGUGACUCGAGUACUGGAACCAGUUUUCUGUUGUUGAGCCAUCUUUCUUAGCAGUGCUAAGUGUUGUCACUUGUGGCUAAGAACACUUCUCUCUAUUACUCUUUAGCACCCCUUAAAGGGACCGCGCACCUUCAAACUGAUCCUGUUAAGACUCAUUUCUGGUAUUUUCUGACUUGCUGGUGAAGUACAGUACUUUGUACACAAGUACAAGACCACGAUCUACUACUAAAGAAGCCCACCAGGGAUGUCUUUUGGGGCGGAGUUUUGUGUUUUAGGAAUCCUGAAAGCCCGAGGAGGUUCAGACCGUAGUCAAGAGCGCAGAGUUUGUGACUUGAGUCCUGGAACCAGUUUUCUGUUGUGGGGCCAUCUUUCUUAGCAGUGCUAAGUGUUGUCACCUGUGGCUAAGAACACUUCUCUCUAUUACUCUUUAGCGCCCCUUAAAGGGACCGCGCACCUUCAAACUGAUCCUGUAAACACUCAUUUCAUGUAUUUUCUGACUUGCUGGUGAAGUACAGUACUUUGUACACGAGUACAUGACCGCGAUCUACUACUAGAGAAGCCCACCAGGGAUGUCUUUUGGGGUGGGGUUUUGUGUUUUAGGAAUCUUCAAAGCCCGAGGAGGUUCAGACUAUAGUCAAGAGCGCAGAGUUUGUGACUCCAGUCCUGGAACUGUUUUUCUGUUGCGGAGCCAUCUUUCUUAGCAGUGCUAAGUGUUGUCACUUGUGGCUAAGAACAUUUCUCUCUAUUACUCUUUAGCGCCCCUUAAAGGGACCGCACACCUUCAAACUGAUCCUGUUAAGACUCAUUUCAGGUAUUUUCUGACUUGCUGGUGAAGUACAGUACUUUGUACACGAGUACACGACCACGAUCUACUUCUAAAGAAGCCCACCAGGGAUGUCCUUUGGGGCGGAGUUUUGUGUUUUAGGAAUCUUCAAAGCCCGAGGAGGUUCAGACCGUAGUCAAGAGCGCAGAGUUUGUGACUCGAGUCCUGGAACUGUUUUUCUGUUGUGGGGCCAUCUUUCCUAGCAGUGCUAAGUGUUGUCACUCGUGGCUAAGAUCAUUUCUCUCUAUUACCCUUUAGCACCCCUUAAAGGGACCGCGCACCUUCAAACUGAUCCUGUAAACACUCAUUUCAUGUAUUUUCUGACUUGCUGGUGAAGUACAGUACUUUGUACACGAGUACACGACCGCGAUCUACUUCUAGAGAAGCCCACCAGGGAUGUCUUUUUGGGGCAGAGUUUUGUGUUUUAGGAAUCUUCAAAGCCCGAGGAGUUUCAGACCAUAGUCAAGAGCGCAGAGUUUGUGACUCGAGUGUUGGAACUGUUUUUCGGUUGCGGAGCCAUCUUUCUUAGCAGUGCUAAGUGUUGUCACCUGUGGCUAAGAACACUUCUCUCUAUUACUCUUUAGCACCCCUUAAAGGGACCGCGCACCUUCAAACUGAUCCUGUUAAGACUCAUUUCUGGUAUUUUCUGACUUGCUGGUGAAGUACAGUACUUUGUACACGAGUACACGACCACGAUCUACUACUUAAGAAGCCCACCAGGGAUGUCUUUUGGGACGGAGUUUUGGGUUUUAGGAAUCUUCAAAGCCCGAGGAGGUUCAGACCGUAGUCAAGAGCGCAGAGUUUGUGACUUGAGUCCUGGAACUGUUUUUCUGUUGCGGAGCCAUCUUUCUUAGCAGUGCUAAGUGUUGUCACUGGUGGCUAAGAACACUUCUCUCUAUUACUCUUUAGCGCCCCUUAAAGGGACCGCGCACCUUCAAACUGAUCCUGUUAAGACUCAUUUUAGGUAUUUUCUGACUUCCGCCACAGGAAGUAAGCAUUAAGUUUAAAACUGCGGUCGAGCAUUAAUGGUACAUUCCAUGUCGCAUCAUACAACUUUAUAUAUAUUGUGACGCCUCCCAUGCUAGUAACUGACUUAAGAUGGUCAAAGGAAAACAGAAAUAACAUUUUUAUCAGCACUGUUAUUUUAUCCCGGUCAUUUUUUCUUUGGGAACCCUUCCACGGGCAUCUUGUUUUUUUCCGUCUUUUUAUGAUUAAUUAUUGUUAUUUAAGAGCUGUAAAUGUAGACCCUCCGACACAGUCCACCAAAUAUUCAAACUUGAAUGUGUUUGUCGUCUACACUUGCUAUUUAAAGUUUAUUUCUUUUUUUUUUUUUUGUAUAUUAGAAAGAGGAGAGUGCUUUAUUUGUGUUAAUCCCAGCAAUGACAUGUUUGUGUUGGGAAGGAUGUAUUUUUGCUGCAGCUGAUAUAAAAAUCGAUGACUUUUA